AUCAUCUGUUGAAAAGUAUCCUGACAAUAGGAUGCUUGGAUGGCGUGAACUUGUUAAUGAAAAGUGGGGGACAUACAUAUGGAAAACUUACAAGGCCGUAUAUGAGGAAGUUCUGCAUGUUGCUUAUGCCAUUGGAGCCUCUGGACUUCAACCUGGUUGCAAAGUGGGAAUUUAUGGAUCAAAUUGCCCACAGUGGAUUGUAGCAAUGGAGGCUUGCAAUGCCCAGAGCUGCAUUUGUGUACCUCUCUACGAUACCCUUGGGGCAGGGGCUGUAAAUUUUAUCUUGGAGCAUGCCGAAGUUGAUAUUGUUUUUGUGCAAGAUAAAAAAGUUAAACAACUACUGGAUCCAGAGUGUACACAUACUCAACGCCUCAAGGUUAUUGUUUGCUUCACUUCAAUGACAGAAGAGGAAAAGGAAAUGGCAGAUUCAAUUGGGAUAAAAUCUUUCUCAUGGAAUGACUUUCUUCAAAUGGGAAGCGAGCAUCCAUCAGAGCUGCAGACACCGCAGCCAUCUAACAUAUGUACAAUUAUGUACACAAGUGGCACCAAUGGAGAUCCAAAAGGUGUCAUAUUGACUCAUGAAAAUGCGGUAACAACUAUAAGUGGCCUUGAUCGUUCCAUGGAACAAUUUGAGGAAAAGAUGACGGUGGAUGAUGUUUACUUAUCCUUCUUACCUCUCGCCCACAUUCUUGACCGUGUAAUUGAAGAAUAUUUCUUUCAUAAAGGAGCAUCUGUUGGUUUCUAUCAUGGGGAUAUAAAUGCGUUAAAGGAUGAUAUGAUGGAGCUGAAACCAACUUUCUUGGCUGGAGUACCUCGUGUUUUGGAACGAAUUCAUGAAGGCGUGUUGAAAGGACUAGAAGAACUUAAUCCAAGGAGGAGGAAAAUAUUUGACAUACUAUACAACUACAAACUUAAAUGGAUGAAGUUAGGUUAUAAGCAAAAAUAUGCUUCGCCUUUGGCAGAUAUGCUGGCUUUCAGCAAGAUAAAGAACAGACUGGGUGGUCGGAUUCGUUGUAUAGUAUCUGGAGGAGCUCCAUUAAGCCCUGAGGUGGAAGAGUUCUUGCGGGUCACAUCCUGUGCUUUUGUACUACAAGGAUAUGGAUUGACAGAGACUUGUGGUCUAGCCGCUGUUGGAGUUCCAGAUGAAAUAAGCAUGAUUGGGACUGUUGGUCCUCCUUUUUUAUACACGGAAUUACGUCUAGAGGAAGUUCCAGAAAUGGGUUAUGACCCAUUGGCAGAUCCUCCACGGGGUGAAAUAUGUGUUAGGGGAAAAACUCCUUUUGCAGGAUACUACAAGAAUCCAGAGUUGACAAGUGAGGUGAUGAAAGAUGGAUGGUUUCGUACAGGUGACAUAGGGGAGAUAUUACCAAAUGGAUCAUUAAAAAUUAUUGACAGGAAGAAACAUUUGAUAAAGCUGUCACAAGGAGAAUAUGUUGCACUGGAGCAUUUGGAGAAACUCUAUGCCAUUAACCCCAUUGUUGAAGACAUUUGGGUAUAUGGGGAUAGUUUCAAGUCAGCGUUGGUGGCUGUAGUUGUGCUAAACCAAGAGCAUGCAUCAAAAUGGGCAGAUCAUAAUGGGUAUAAUGUUACCUUCCCCGACUUGUGUACACUCACUCAGCUACAUGAUUACGUCAUCAGUGAACUCAAAUCUACAGCAGAAAGAAACAAGUUGAGAGGUUUCGAACAUGUUAAAGCUGUGAUUAUCGAAGCCGAAACCUUUGAAGGUGAAAAAGGAUUUUUGACACCAACACUUAAAAAGAAAAGAGAUAGAUUGCAAGAUAAUUACAAGAUUCAAAUAGACAAUGCUUAUAGAAGCUUGAAGAAACUCUAAAGUAGAAUAUCUAUUGUCUUGAUACAAUGCUGAAAUUCAAUUAUCAAAUAAAUCGUACCGAGUUUUUGCUCAUAAUAAUAGUUGAAAUGUAAAUCGUAAUAAUUAACAUAAAAUUU